UUCUCUCAGCAACCAACAACACACAUUCUCCACAUCCUUGACAGAAACACAUUACGUAUAAAGAUGAUGGCAACAAAUCAUCCUUCAAAUAAGGAUUCUAAGAAGAACUUGGUAGAUGCAAUGCUGAAACCACCAGAAGUUGUCACAAAGAAAAGUAGUGCUGAAGUUGAUGGUCUUACUAUAGGUGACAUUUAUGUCUGCAGUAAACCAUGCCAAGGCAGCAAGACCAUCCCACUUUCAGAUAAUACGGCAUCUGUUGCUGAAAUCGACUUUGAGUCACCAAAGUUUAUAUAUGAAACGAACAACAGUAGUACAAGGACUUCUCAACAACACAGCAAUCCAAUGACAUCUGAGCAGGAUGACAAAGCAGAUGCAUUGCAAGUGGCACCCUCUGUUGUUAAUAACCAGUCUUCUCCGAGUACAAUGAUGAUGCCAACAAAUCAUCCCUCAAAUCUGAAUUCUAAGAACUUGAAACCACCAGAUUCUACAAAGAAAAGUUGUCAUGAAGGUGAUGGUGGGACUGUCAGUGUUCUGGAAAAACAAAAUGAGGGUGAAAGUCUCGUCUGUAGUAAUUCAUCUCUAAGCCAAGGCAGCAAGACCAUACCAUUUUUAACUGGUACUUCAUCUUCCUCAGAAGUCGACCAUAAGUCAACAAGUGAUAUAACAAUUGGAACAGCAAGGCCUCAACAAGGCAACAAUCCAAUGUCAUCUGGACAGGAUGACAAAGCUUUGCUAAACAAGACUGCAGAUGCAUCGCAAAUGCCGCCCCCUGUUAAUAGCCAGUCUUCUCUGAG